UUUUCCCUUUUUAUUCCAGUCUCCUCUUUGGUUCACUGCUCCAAAACAAAACCAAAAAAACCACAGCAGAAAGCUCCAAAAAACCACCUUAACACUGUUGCUCUUGUCCCUGUGGUGCUCUUUUUCAUUGAGAAGCUUCGUGGGUUUGGCUUAGAUCCAACCCACAUUGUCUUGGUUGCCAAGAUGGUUGCACAGGAAUUCACUGUUGAUUUGAAUAAACCACUUGUCUUCCAGGUUGGUCACCUUGGAGAAACUUAUCAGGAGUGGGUUCACCAGCCUAUUGUAAGCAAGGAAGGUCCUCGAUUUUUUGAGAGUGACUUUUGGGAGUUCUUGACCCGCACAGUCUGGUGGGCAAUUCCAGCCAUAUGGCUGCCAGUUGUAUGCUGGUGCAUCUCAAUGUCUAUACGUAUGGGGCAUCCACUUCCCCAAAUAGCUUUAAUGGUCGGUUUUGGUAUUUUUGUGUGGACAUUUCUGGAAUACACUUUGCACCGUUUCCUUUUCCACAUUGAAACAAAGAGUUACUGGGGAAACACUGUUCAUUAUCUUCUUCAUGGCUGCCACCAUAAGCACCCUAUGGAUGGCCUACGGCUUGUUUUCCCUCCUGCUGCAACUGCUGUACUAUGCAUACCAUUUUGGAACCUGGUUAAGCUUUUAGCCACUCCCUCUACUACUCCUGCUUUAUUCGGAGGUGGUUUGCUUGGGUAUGUAAUGUAUGAUGUCACCCAUUACUACCUGCACCAUGGUCAGCCCACCAAACAUGUUGCUAAAAGCCUUAAGAAAUAUCACUUGAACCAUCACUUCAGGAUUCAAAAUAAGGGCUUUGGGAUCACUUCAGCGUUUUGGGACAGAGUUUUCCGAACCCUUCCUUAAACGAAAGCAGCUGAGAAGACUAGAUAAUUUAGUUGCCAACCCAUCAGGCCCAGCGUUUAAACAUUCUUUCUUGUGCUUCUAUUUGUUUUGUAGUAUGUGCCGCUAGAUGAAGUAUUGUGGGGUUAGCAUCUAAUGGAUGGUCUCCUAUCUAUACCUUGAGUUGUUUGUGUAAAUGAAUUAUGUUCCCAUUGUUUAUUUGGUUAUGGAGCUUCCAAAAAAAGUUCUUCAUUUCUA